UGUCAAAUUUGAAAAUGGCCACAGCGCGUUUGCGAAAAAAUCAUUCUUUCUCGAACUCGAAACUCUGCAAGGCCUUCACAAAUUAAUACUUUUCGGUUUCAUCCUAAAUUGCCGAGCUCGUGCGAACUAUCAUGUCAAGUCAAGAAGAUUCACUACCCGAAGGGUGGGAAGCCCGCAAAAGUCGAUCCACUGGCAUGACAUACUACCUGAACAUGUACACCAAGAAGUCUCAGUGGGACAAGCCGGAGGAGCCAGCUUCGCGGGACGAUGAGGACGGGGAGGAAGCUCCGCGUGCGGUGCAGUGCAGCCACCUGCUGGUCAAGCACUCCGGCAGCCGCCGCCCCUCGUCCUGGCGCGAGGAGAACAUCACCAAGACCAAGGAGGAGGCCAUGGAGAUACUUGCUGAAUACCGCCGCCAGGUCGUGGACCGCGAGAUCCCGUUCGAGGAGCUGGCCGCCCAGUACUCUGACUGCUCUUCGGCCAAGCGCGGCGGCGACCUCGGCCGCUUCAAGCGGGGCCAGAUGCAGAAGCCCUUCGAGGACGCCGCCUUCGCCCUGAAGGUCGGCCAGCUCAGUCAGAUCGUGGACACCGACUCCGGAGUCCACAUCAUACUGCGGACCGCCUAAAUCCUGAGGGCAAAAUUUAAUGUAGUUUACGUUGCAGUUUAAUUUUAGCUGGAAUGGAUAUUUUGAUUCGGUCGAAUUGGUGUCAUAGCCGAGUAGAUGUUCUGUUAUUCACGUUGUUAGUUGCUUUGGUCUGUACUUAAAAUUGAAUAAUCUUGACUUCCGACUUCUGAUGAACCUCAGCUAUUUGGUAUAAUGAUGGACUAAACCAGUUUUAAAUCAGUUUGCCACUACUCUUAAAUUAAUUAUUAACUUUAUUGUGUGCCAAUGCGGAUGAUUGGUAUUGGUAUUGAACUUUUUGCGUGAAUACAUGAAUAUCUCUCUGGCUAUGAUGUCGAUGAAUGAUGAAAUGGUAGUAAAGAGGGGUGCUAUAGCUAAUCGCUUUUUUAUGUAUGAUUUGUACACAAUAGUCUUCAAUGGGAUUCCCAUGCUAACUUAUAUUUUUUAAUAUAAGAUGUAUCCUUUCGUUAUUAUAUGUAGUUAUAUAAUAUAUUCCAACAGAGUAAGGAUCUUGUUUUUUCGUACUUAUACGAAUCUAAAAAUAUUUGAUGUUGUAAACAUCGCUAAUUAAUUAUAACUGAACCGAUUUGUUGUUCAUUGAUUUUUGAUAUUCCAGCCAAUUAACAGUAGCUGUACUGUAAAAAAAUAUACCAAGUAUGUAUAAGUAUAUAUUGUAAUAUGUUUAAAACACUUAUUUUUAAAUGCAUUUAAAACUUAGGUUAAGUUUACUUUAUUAUAGUAAGAACUACUAUGUAUGAAAGUUUAGCUUUGGAAUCGCAUGCUUAGUAUCCAUAAGACUAUUGGGUAUUCCCUACUGUUUAUUUCAAUUCUGUAUUAUCGAUGUGAAACUUUAGUACAUUGUUUCUUAUACCAAAACGGGGAUAAGGCACGCUACCUACCCCCGUGAGGACAAAUGUACAGCGGCUGACGGACACAAGAGAACACAUAAUUAGCUUUUAGACGACUGUGCGGCGCAGCGGUCAGUGACUUCACUGUCAUAGACUAAAACGCAGUAGGUCCCGGGUUCGAUUCCCGGCCGGGGCAGAUGUUUUGUUGAAAAACAAAAGUUUGCUCUUAGGUCUUGGUUGUUCCCGAGAGAUGUAAUAGGCCCGCCUCCUGUUGCAUUGGGACUAACAUAACAAUGGCGAAAAAAAAAAGUCAAUGCUUAAGUUGUUAUAAUUUAAGUUUUAUUUAUUACCUACAAUCAUUGGUAAACUUUAGACUUUUCUUGUGAUCGUUUAUAGGUUUUUUUUUAUCAAGAAUGUUGUGAUGAAGUUAAACAAAUUCAAAGCAUACCUUUUUUUAAGACUUUACCUACUUGUAACUACUGUAACCUGUAGUUUUUUUUCUAUUUUUCUGAAAGAAUGAAAUAAAACCAAUUCAAGUA